GAGCCGAAGGGCGCGGGAAAAGGCAAGCAAACAUUACCGAUCGGCGCGAAGGCCGAUCACUGGGUAUCAGACGACCCCAAGGCUGAGGCCCCCUGGCAACAACCGCCUGGUCCCGGGGGUUGGAAACCCAAGACCGCAGAGAUCACAAAGGCGCCGGCCGCCCAGGCUGGCGCAGACCCCUGGCUGCAGAGCGACCCCUGGAUGCCCGCGCAGGCACAGAAGCAGACCCCGGCUGCUGCACCAGCAGUCGCACCACAGCGGACCGCUGCCGCACCACCAGCCGCCGCAGCACAGGUGCCCAGACAAACUUCGGCUUCGGUGGCUGAGGGCCCGAAGCCGCCGUCCACGCCCGCGCCGAAAGCCGCGGCAACCCAGGAUGCAGACCCCUGGGACAGCGGCGGCGACCCGUGGAUGCAGGUGUCGGGAAAAAAGAAUGCGGGCAAGAAGCAAGUGCAGGCUGCAGCCGCCCCCGGCACAAGCUGCAACAAAGCUCCAGCUGCGGCAGCGCCAGCCGCGGCGGCAGAGAAGGCGUCCACCACGCGAAGCAGUACAAACAAGGCGGCGCCACAGAGCACCACGCCUGUCGAGGUGUCGCAGAAG